AUGCAACUCUGCGAACAAGUGCAAGUCGAGAUGGUGCCAACAGAUGCAAUCCAGAAGGCAGACCGGAGCCCCGUAACUGUCGCGGACUUCGGAUCGCAGGCACUGAUAUGCAAGGCAAUUGGCGAUGCUUUUUCCGACGACGUUAUCGUCGCUGAGGAAAGCGCGCAGGCACUGAAAGAGAACGCAUCGCUCUUAGAACGCGUCACAGGUUACGUGAACCGAUUUUGCAAAGAAACACCGCACUCGGCAGAGACCGUCUGUGAAUGGAUUGAUCGGGGGAGUGGUGAAGUUGGACCGAACUUCUGGACGCUUGACCCGAUUGAUGGCACGAAAGGCUUUCUUCGCCGUGAUCAGUACGCAAUCGCCUUGGCUUAUAUCGUCGAUGGCACUGUUCAACUUGGCGUUUUAGGUUGCCCAAACUUGCCAUAUCAGUUGAACGACGAAGACGCAGAACGCGGGUGCCUCUUUGUCGCUAUCCGCGAGAGCUUCGAGUCCACGCACGGGGACAGCGAGGCACACGGUAGCAUUGCGAAUGCCCUCGGAAUCACAGAAUCGCCUGUCCGCAUGGACAGCCAAGUGAAGUACGGCAUUGUUUCCCGUGGCGAAGCGUCGCUCUAUAUCCGUCUUCCGAACCCGGCUUACCCAGAUUACCGCGAAUGCAUCUGGGACCACGCUGCAGGACUUAUCGUAGUUGAAGAAGCAGGCGGCACGGUAACAGACGCGAACGGCAUCCCUCUCAACUUUCUGACAGGAAAACGGAUGCAUGAGAAUCGCGGAGUCGUCGCAACCAACGGAAAACUCCAUCAACACGUUUUGAAGGCGUUAGCCAAGUCGUAA